AUGGCGACCCCGCUGCUUCACACGCGGUUGCCGGGAGAUGCGGCAGCCUCAGCGUCUGCAGUCAAGACGCUGGGGGCGUCGAGGACCGGACUUUCAGAUAUGCUCACGUUAGAGAAUGAUUUCUUCAAUUCUCCUCCAAGAAAAACCGUUCGGUUUGGUGGGACUGUGACAGAAGUCUUGUUGAAGUACAAAAAGGGUGAAACAAAUGACUUUGAGUUGUUGAAGAACCAGCUGUCAGAUCCAGACAUAAAGGAUGACCAAAUCAUUAACUGGCUGUUAGAAUUCCGUUCUUCCAUCAUGUACUUGACUAAAGACUUUGAGCAGCUUAUCAAUAUUUUAUUGAGAUUGCAGUGGUUAAACAGAAGUCAGACGGUGGUGGAGGAGUAUUUGGCUUUUCUUGGUAAUCUUGUAUCAGCACAGACUGUCUUCCUUAGACCGUGUCUCAGCAUGAUUGUUUCUCAUUUUGUACCUCCACGAGUGGUCAUUAAAGAAGGUGACAUAGAUGUUUCGGAUUCCGAUGACGAAGAUGAUAAUCUUCCUGCCACUUUUGACACCUGUCACAGAGCCUUGCAAAUAAUAGCAAGAUAUGUCCCAUCGACACCGUGGUUUCUUAUGCCAAUAUUGGUGGAAAAAUUUCCAUUUGUUCGAAAAUCCGAGAGAACCUUGGAAUGUUAUGUUCAUAACUUGCUAAGGAUUAGUGUAUAUUUUCCAACCUUGAGGCAUGAAAUUCUAGAGCUUGUGAUUGAAAAGUUACUCAAGUUGGAUGUGAACGCAUCCCGGCAAGAUAUUGAGGAUGCCGAAGAAGUAGCUGCUCAGACUGGCGGUGGGACAGAUGCCCCAGAAGGACUCUUCAGCAUGGAUGAGGACGAAGACCCUGGCGGUGAAACAAAGGCUGACGCACAAAGGCCCGAUCGUAUGGUGCAUCCUGUAGCCGAGCGCCUGGACAUCCUGCUGUCUUUGCUUCUGUCCUACAUUAAGGACGUCUGCCAUGUAGACGGUAAGGUAGAUAACAACAAAACAAAGGAUUUAUAUCGAGACCUGAUAACCAUCUUUGACAAACUCCUGUUGCCCACUCACGCCUCCUGCCAUGUACAGUUUUUCAUGUUUUACCUCUGCAGCUUUAAAUUGGGAUUUGCAGAAGCAUUUUUGGAGCAUCUCUGGAAAAAAUUGCAGGAUCCAAAUAAUCCUGCCAUCAUCAGGCAAGCUGCUGGAAAUUAUAUUGGAAGCUUUUUGGCAAGAGCUAAAUUUAUUCCUCUUAUUACUGUAAAAUCAUGCCUAGAUCUUUUGGUUAACUGGCUGCACAUGUACCUUAAUAACCAGGAUUCGGGAACAAAGGCCUUUUGUGAUGUUGCUCUCCAUGGACCAUUUUAUUCAGCCUGCCAAGCUGUGUUCUACACUUUUGUUUUUAGACACAAGCAGCUUUUAAGUGGAAACCUCAAAGAAGGUUUGACAUACCUUCAGAGUCUAAAUUUUGAACGUAUAGUGAUGAGUCAGCUAAAUCCCCUGAAGAUUUGUCUGCCUUCGGUAGUUAACUUUUUUGCUGCAAUCACAAGUAAAUACCAGCUGGUCUUCUGCUACACGAUCAUUGAGAGGAACAAUCGCCAGAUGCUCCCAGUUAUUAGAAGUACAGCCGGAGGGGACUCCGUGCGAACCUGCACGAACCCACUCGACACCUUCUUCCCCUUCGAUCCUUGUGUGCUUAAGAGGUCGAAGAAAUUCAUUGAUCCUAUUUAUCAGAUCUGGGAAAACAUGAGUGCAGAGGAGCUUCAAGAGUUUACGAAACCUGUCAGAAAGCAGGUGGUGGAGGAUGAAGAUGAUGACUUUUUGAAAGGUGAAGUUGGCGUGGCCCCGAGCUCCUUUGACCCGCAUUUCCGAAGUCCCUCAAGCAGCGUGGGCUCCCCUCCUGUGUUCUACCUGCCAGACCAGUCCCCUGUGACCACGAGGAUUUGUGAUUGA